AUGUCAUCUCAGGAACAGGAAAAGUCAGCAGUGACUCCUGAGGGACCAGAAAAGCCAAGAGCGACAGUUCAUGUACAAGAGAAGCCUUAUGUGACAGCCCUUGAAUUGGAGAAGCCUAAACCUGCAUCUCAGGAACAGGAGAAGUCUACAGGGACAACUCAGGGACAAGAAAAGCCUAAAAUGACAGCCAAUGUGACAUCUCCAGGACAGGAGGAGCCUAAAGACUGGACCAGGAACAAGAAAAGCUUCAAGAGACCGCACUUGAACAGGAAAAUAAUAAAGAGACCACUAAGGGACCAAAACCACCCAAAUGGAAAAGUUCAGAACAGGAGCCACAGAGGGAACACAGUUCAGCACUUAGCAGAUCUUACUCCAGUAGUGGAGAAAGAACCAGAGAAUGCUCAGGGCUGGUUAGACUUGUGUGACAAGGAAUGGCGUCUAAAGGAGAGGGCAAUAGUCUUGCCAGACAAUGCCAACUGGAAAGACAUCUACAAGAAGAGACCCUUUGGAAGAAACUUUCUGAAAAGCCCAAAUCCAGAAGGUUUAUCCACCACGCAGCCUCUUCCACAAGAAGAAUGCGACCCACCCCCAGAGAAGAAGCCCCUGGAGACAUUAGGUGAUUUCAGUGGCUGGCAAAUAAGUACUGAAGAAAUCCCUGUGGAUAGAAGUAACGUUCCUCCAGGUGUGGUGGUCUGCUAUCUCCCUGAGUACAGUUGGUGUGUGAAGGAGCAGCUGUUGGAUCUGAGCUCUGAAGGUCUUUGGCCCGAGUUGCUGGACUCCUAUCAGCCGGAUAUCUAUGUUCUGGACUGGUAUGAAGACAGCAAACUCCACAAACAGGUGUAUGAGCUUCACGUCAAGUUACUGGCGGAGGACAAGAAAACCAUUUUAGCUCAACUGGACCUAACACCAGAAAAUGACAUGAGCGGGGAACCGAAGGGAUGGAACAUGGUUUCUCAUAUAUUCAAGUCUUAUGGACCUGGCCUUCGGUAUGUUCACUUUUUGCACAAAAGUAAAGACCUGUCAGUCCUGGGAUUCCACCGAACCAGAGUGGCGGACAGCACCUUAUUUGCUCAGCUUCGAGGGUGAAUCCAAAAGCGGCUGAGGACCAUGUGACACCUCUGGAGAAGUCUCUGACCCUUCACCCAUGAACCUCAUUUAUCUCGGGUUCUCUGCACUGAUUCAGCUUAUGCUCCAUGCUGCACUAAUCGGACCUUUGGAUCAUGGAAGGUGGAGGGGUUGUCCAUAGCUGCCAUUCAGACCACACUGCCCCAUCGGCCAGCUUUACAGCUUUCAUGGAGAACCUGUCAGGGCAUCGCAUUGAUGGAAGUCUAUGACCUGGGAACCCACACUGAUCCUAUCUUCUGGCGUGAAGAAGGUCAGAAGAAGUAUUAAAGGGGUUGUUUCACCAAAAAUAUUCUACAGUUUACAAACCAGCCCUUGGAUCUGAAUACUUUUGUAAUUGCAUGUAAUUAGAAAUUUAGUAUAGCCAGUGAGUUAUUCAAUAAAAUGUGUAUGUAUAGCGCCA